AUGACCACAGACCUUGCGACACACCCCGUCACUCCCACCGCUGCUUCCAAGGACGGCGCUGCCUACCACCACGAAGGCAGCGACUACGUCAACAGCAACACCGCUGGGGACACAAACAGCACCACCGAGACGAUUCCGUCUGGUCACUUCCAAAAGAUCAUCAUCACCUCGACGUCGGCCACCGUCGUCGACGACAUUUACGGCUCCCACAUACUCACUGAGCCGCUCCUCAUCGCCCUCCUCACCUCCCCGGCGGUCCGCCGCCUGGGCCAUGUCGCUCAGCACGGCAUCACCGCCCACCUUGGACACACUCCAUUCGUGACUCGCCUGGAACACUCGGUGGGCGCCAUGAUCCUCGUUCGCGCCGUCGGUGGGAGCGUGGAAGAGCAAGCCGCUGGGCUCCUGCACGACAUUUCGCACACUGCAUUCAGCCAUGUGGCCGACAGCGCCUUCCCCUCGCCCGUUUCGUACCACGAGGAGCACAAGGAUGAGUACGUCGCCAUGACCAACCUGCGUUCGAUCCUUGCCGCCCACGGCGCGACCGAGCAGAUCUUUGACGAGGAAGAGUACGGGCUUGUGGAGCGCCCCGCGCCGCACCUCUGCGCCGACCGCCUCGACUAUGGCCUGCGUGAUGCCGUGGGGUUCGGCCACAUCUCGCUCGAGCAGGGCCGCGCGGUCUUUGCCGCCGUCCGCGCCUUCCCUUCCCCGCACCUCUCCGACCACAAGCGCUACCUCGUCGUCACAGACCUGGAGUGUGCGCAUUCGCUGGCGCGCGCGUACUCUGCCGCCGACGCCGGUGUCUGGUCCAACGCGGCCCACUCGGAGAUCGACCGGCGUCUGGGCGAAGUCAUCUCGCGCAUGGUCGCGCGCGGGGCAUUGGUCGAAAAGGACAUGUGGCUCGACGACGCCGCCUUCCUCGCCAAGCUGAAGCGCAACGCAAACGAACAAGAGCGCGCCGAGGUCCACUCUAUCGAGAACGACGAACUGCCCGUGGACGAAGGCCUCGGGAUCCCGCACGACUCGAAGAUUCGCACCAUCGACCCCGAUGUGUGGGUGGCGGGAACCGACCACGCCGUUCCACUCUCGACGAUCAUGCCAGAGUGGAAGCAGGAGAGGGAGGAGUACAUUGCCCGCCGUGAGACUGAGCGCCGUAGCCCGCCCGUGUAG